CCGUGAGCAGCUGAGCCCGGCUUCUCCUUACCGCCGCCGCCGUCUCCGGCCCGGACCCUGUUGCUACCAUGUCCUCCGACUUCGAGGGCUACGAGCAGGACUUCGCGGUGCUGACAGCGGAGAUCACGGGCAGGAUCGGGAAGGUGCCCAAGCUGCUGGGCGAUGAGAAGAAGCAGAUGGUUGCAAAUGUGGAGAAACAGCUAGAAGAAGCAAGAGAGCUGCUUGAACAGAUGGAACUCGAAGUUCGAGAAAUCCCCGCCCAAAGCCGGGGAAUGUAUAGCAGUAGAAUGAGGAGCUACAAACAAGAAAUGGGAAAACUUGAAGCGGAUUUUAAAAGGUCACGGAUUGCCUACAGUGACGAGGUGCGGAAUGAGCUCCUAGGGGAUGAUGGGAAUUCCUCAGAGAACCAGUUGAUAAAAUUACGUGAAGAGAGGGCACAUCUGCUCGAUAACACAGAGAGGCUGGAAAGGUCAUCUCGGAGACUAGAGGCUGGAUACCAAAUAGCAGUGGAAACCGAGCAGAUUGGACAGGAAAUGUUGGAAAACCUGAGCCAAGACAGAGAGAAGAUCCAGGGUUCUCGGGAAAGGCUUAGAGAAACAGAUGCAAACUUGGGGAAGAGCUCCAGGAUCCUAACCGGAAUGUUGCGAAGGAUCAUCCAAAACCGGAUUUUGAUAGUUAUCUUGGCAAUCAUCAUCUUCUUCACCAUCCUGAUGGCUAUUUAUUUUUCUGUCAAGAGACACUGAUAUCUUGGUUCUUCACUAAACAGCAACAAACUGCUUGUUCUGAGUAAUUAAGACAAAGUGGUCACAUGAAUCACUCUCUCGCACUGACAGAAUCUCCCUGUCUUUGCCGCUGUUCAACUCAGGUGCAAGUAGCGUAAAAAUACCUUGUAUUAUUGAUUGCAUGUGGAUUUCGUUUUUUCCCCUUAAAAUGAAUGUUUUUGGAAUCUUCAUAUAUGGGUUUUUAUAUAAAAAACAUAACUAAGAAGAAUUAAUGUGUGUCAGAUUCCACACUGGGUUAUUCAUUUGUAAGUUACAAGAGUUUGGUGGGGUGGGGGUGAAGUGUCUCCACACUUUUCUUCUGUUGUGUUGGGUGUAUAAAUAUCUAGCAGUAUCUGAUCUUCUGUGACAUCAAAGAAUAUGAGUAAAGCAGAGACCAAAUGAUAUAGAAAGUGAACCUGUCCCAUGUGAGCCACUCCUGUUCAGAAGUGUCCAUAAUAAAUGUUAAGUAGUUAAUUUUAAAAAAGACAUCACCUCAUGUCAGAAGGUGUUUAAUACCUGAUCUGAACCUACUACUUUAUUUGACACAAUUUUGCCUGUAAACUUUCUUUACUAUUAGAAACAUUUCCAUUUGCACCAAGUCCCAACUAUGAUAUGUGCAUUACUUGCCCAACGUUUAAUAGUGACCAUGGAACAUAGUAUUGAAUCAGCUUUGCAUCAUUCCAAUGCUAAGAUAUAGUCUGAUAAAAAAACAACCAGUGGUCUAUUUUAAAGAUGUGCAAAAAUACUUAUCUGUUAUUUUCCAGCUGCAAAGAGAACGUAGAUCAAUAUUUCAGUAACAAAUACAAUAGGAUUACAUGAAAUGCAAACAGAAUUAAGGAUUUUAAGUAUGGGUAUGAAAAUGAGUUCAUGUGCAGAAAACAUUUUUAAUGAAUUAAAUUCAAACUUAUCACUGACUUUUUAAAUGGAAAGUUUGAAAAUGUUAAUUUAUACUAACAAAUGUUCGCUGAUAUAUUGUAUAAAAGCUUGAUCUAAUAGGAGAUUAGUGUGUAAAUGGGAUGUGUUUUUCUCUCCUGUUGGCUAUGUAUCCUCUGCAGAGGCAUCUAGUUCAUUUUGUUUAUAAACAUGAUAAUAGCGCUAGCAAAGGUAGUUUCCUGGUAAUGCAGUAAAAGAUUUUGCAUAAUCACAUUUUAAUUCAUUAUAUGUAAUCCAUUACAAAUCUUAUGAAUCUAGAGAGUUUGUGAGCCCUUGAACCUAAGCCAUAAAAUAUUUUAGGAGGAGAUUUUCAAAGGAACAAAGGGCAGUUAGGUACACAACCCGUUUGGAAGUUAAUGGGAGUAGAGUCCUAACUUCCUUUUGUGCCUUUGGAAACUCAAAGAUUCUGCCUUUGGACAUAUCUGUGAAGAUGCCAUGGAUUCCCAUGUUAUCCCUGCUCAAACAGCUGAGAGCAGAAUUUGGCCCUAAACAUGUUGACUGUCUUUUCUACGUAGAAACAAAUAACUUGGUUAAAACGUCUUUGAUUUUACCAACAUAAAUAAAUCAAAGCACAGUAAUGAAAUAAACGAUGGAAAGACUCACCAGAGAAAUAGUACUUAUUGAACAGAUUAGGGCAUGCAUGUCUUCAGAUAAAUCAUUUAGUGCUGUGUGAGUAGAACUUCAGCCUUUAUCUUCCAGUAAGGGUGUGGGACUAAGUUCAUGUGACGUGGGACAUAGAGAGCGAAGGGGAAAACUUGCCAGCGUUAAUGGGUAUUUAUUCAAGGAAGUGGGAGGGGCAUAUUUCC